AUGCACUUAACAAAAAUGUCAUAAAAAUGAUGUCAAAAGCUGUGGAUGCUUUGAAAUCUGAUAAGAAAGUACGAACUGUUAUAUUCCGGAGUGAAGUCCCAGGAAUAUUCUGUGCUGGUGCUGACCUUAAAGAAAGGGCAAAAAUGCACUCAAGUGAAGUUAGUUCUUUUGUCUCAAAAGCAAGAGCAACCAUUAACGAAAUGGCUAAUCUGCCUGUGCCUACUAUAGCUGCAAUUGAUGGGACUGCAUUAGGUGGUGGCCUAGAACUUGCAUUAGCCUGUGAUAUAAGAGUAGCAGCCUCUUCUGCUAAAAUGGGCCUAGUUGAAACAAAGUUGGCAAUCAUUCCAGGUGCAGGUGGGACACAGAGGUUACCUCGCACAAUUGGAGUGUCAUUGGCAAAAGAACUAAUUUUCUCUGCACGUGUUGUAGAUGGAGAAGAAGCAAAGUCAAUAGGAUUAAUUAGCCAUGUGGUAGAACAGAAUGAAGCAGGAGAUGCUGCCUAUAGAAGAGCAUUAGCUCUGGCAAGAGAAUUUUUGCCUCAGGGACCAGUAGCAAUGAGAGUUGCAAAACUGGCCAUCAAUCAGGGAAUGGAGACUAUUCCAACAAAAGAUAGAAUUGAAGGUCUUCUUGCAUUUAAGGAGAAGAGACCUCCUCGCUACAAGGGAGAAUAAAAGAAACUGAUGCCUUUUAAAAUACAAGGGGGAUAAAAUCACUGCUAUGAGGACCAUUAAGGUGUACUUUCAAUCUACACCUGGAAUAUCACAACCACCAAAGUAAAAGCAAAUCAUACUGAUGUUACAACAUUUUGAAUGUGUCCAUAGUUGUACUGGGCCCAGAUAGAAAUGUAUGUCAACUCAUGCUCAUUACAUUUUCUGAAGGUAAUGUAUUGGGAAGGUCACAGAUUCAUUUUUGAACUUUCAUACAUAUGAAACAUACCAUUCCACAACUGAAAAGUCUCUGUUAAGUUCUUUAUAUAGACAAAACUUAUAUGUGAUGCUAAGUAUAAAUUUGCUGUAUCAUUUUGUCAAAAGAAAAUGACCGCUGAACACCAAAAAUAAGAAAUUGUACCAAAUAUGCAUUCAAAGGAUUCUGUAUAUCAGUAAAAAUUCCAAGAAUUCUACCCAAAUAUGUACAUUAUUAAUAAAGCUAAGGGAAAU